AUGAAGCAGUGGGGGGACUUGCAGCGGCGGAAAGGGCAACCGUACGAAGACACGCGUGCAUUCAUCGACAACUUCCUGAAUCGCUUGUUUCUCUCCCGCAUCGGCAUGGAGACGCUUACCUCCCAGUAUCUGGCACUUGCCCGGGCUCCAGAUGGCAUUGUUGAUGUACAUUGCGACCCCUGCCAAGUUUGCGCCAGUGCCGCCAAACAGGUUACCGGAGUGGCCGGUGACUACUUGAGGAGAGUUCCUAGAAUUGAGAUCUCAUUCCACGGCGACGAGCGUGCUCGCACGCUGCCACUAAUCCCGCAAUACCUGUUGUACAUCGUCGCGGAGCUUCUGAAGAACAGUCUUCGCGCGGUGGGUGAGCUAUAUGAAGCCAACCCCAAUGGCAAGAAUGAACCGGACCCGGUUCAGAUCCGAGUAGCCAGCGACGAGUCGCAGGUUGCUUUGCUGGUGACUGACCGAGGAGGUGGCAUUCCUUUCCAGAGGCAGCCGCGCGUGUGGAGCUACAUGUACUCUACUGCGAGGGGCAACGAGGUGUGCGACGACAGUGGCAGGAUCCUUCAAGAGGGCUCAGCCCCGACCUCCUUCUCAGGAUAUGGAGUCGGGUUGCCCUUAUCCCGCCUCUACGCCGAGUACCUGGGGGGCUCGCUGCACUUGAUGUCGAUGCCCAACUUUGGAACGCAUGCCUACCUCUUCCUGCAGCAGAGCUCUGACCGAGCUGAAGCGCUUCCCACAUACGUGAACUGGCUUCGGAAAAGACGGUUGCGGGAGGAUAUCCUCAAGUAUGAGUCACAAGAAAAGCUUUCAGCAGAGCCUUGGAUGGCGCUUAGUUCUGGCACUGGAUUCCUUGCAUGA